UAGCGCAGCCUUUUCUGAUUUUGGUUCUGCAUUGUGAGUUUCCAGGUAGUAAUAUUUUUUCCAGAGAAGGAAUAUAAGAUAUACUAACAUCAAGGCAAGUUCUGGAUUGAGUAUUUACGAUGUUGGUGUUGUUUUUGUGAUGGAUUACUGAUUAUUCUUCAAUUCAAAAUGGAACAAAGAAGACGGAAGCCAAAGGGUGCGCAGGAAUAUCUUGUCCGAUGCUUGGUUGCUGUACUCAUGGCGAGUGUAGCCUCAGCGCAAUUAAGAUAUUCAAUCUUCGAGGAAGUCAAAGAAGGGACUGUGGUUGGAAAUAUAGCAAAGGAUCUCGGAUUAGAUAAAAGCACACUGAAGGACAGAAAGUAUCGUAUUGUUUCUAGCGAUACAGAUCCGCUUUUCCAUGUCAGUCAAAACGAUGGUAUCCUGUAUGUGAGCCGAAAAAUUGACAGAGAAGUAGCGUGUGCGCAGACCAGUACGUGUGUGAUAAACGUGAAAACUGUGAUUGAAAACCCACUGGAAGUUCAUUAUGUUGAAGUGGACGUUAUAGAUAUUAAUGACCAUUCACCUGUGUUCACAGAAAAUAAUAAAAAACUGGAAAUUUCAGAGUCCGUCUUACCCGGAGCGCGAUUUCAGCUUAAAGCAGCACGCGAUUCAGACAGUGGUCCUUUCUCUGUGCAGCAAUAUAAACUCAGUCCCAACGACCACUUUCGUUUAGAAGUAAAGGAUAAAGGAGAUGAUGGAAAAAUACCAAUCCUGGUUGUCCAAAAAUCUUUAGACAGGGAAACGGCAGGAACUCACUCGUUGAUACUGACAGCCUUGGAUGGAGGUAAACCCCCGAAAACUGGUAACAUGAAUAUUCUAGUCAUUGUUUUGGAUAACAAUGAUAAUGCACCUAUGUUUUCUAAAGGUGAUUAUUCUGUUCGGCUCAGUGAAAAUGUUCCUGUAGGAACUAAAGUUAUACAGGUGAAUGCCACCGAUUUAGAUGACGGAACAAAUGGAAAUGUAAUGUAUUCGUUUAGCAACAGCGUGAAUCAAAAUAUAAUAAAUCUUUUCGAUAUUAAUCAACUGACAGGAGAGCUAACCGUUAAAGAUUUAAUAGACUACGAGGAGAAGGACAGAUACGAAAUUGAAAUCGUAGCAUCUGACAGAGGUUUCGCACCUCUUACAACAGAGAAAAGUGUCAUUAUUAAGGUCGUUGACGUGAACGAUAACGCACCUGAGAUAGAAAUUACCUCAUUUUCCAGCUCGAUUCCUGAAGAUUCCAGAUCUGGAACUACAGUUGCCAUUAUUAGUGUUAAUGAUUUAGACUCUGGUCUUAAUGGAAAGGUUAUCUGUAAUGUAAAUGAAGACGUUCCGUUUACUUUAUUACCAUCCUUGAAAGACAAAAUGUUUUCACUAGUGACUAAAUCUCCCCUGGACAGAGAGAAACAGUCACAUUAUGAGCUCACAAUAACUGCAAAAGACGCAGGAGAACCUCCCUUAUCAUCUGUAAAAUCAAUAAGCGUUAUGAUAUCGGAUGUGAAUGACAACAGUCCGGAAUUUGCACUGAACCCAUACACGUUCUAUGUGUCCGAGGGUAAUCCUCCAGGUGCAUCGGUGUUUUCUGUUGAAGCUGUUGAUCGUGAUGAGAAUGAGAAUGCGGUCAUUUUCUACAAUAUUGUCAGAGAUGGAAGCGAAGAUAAUAAGAUGGCUUCAUUUCUCAACAUAAACUCUGAAACUGGUACUAUUGUGGCGCUAAAAAGUUUUGACUUUGAAACGCUGAAAACCUUCCAGCUCCAAGUUGUUGCCACAGAUUCAGGAACUCCGUCUCUAAGCAGCAACGUCACAGUGAACGUGUUCAUUCUGGAUCAGAACGACAACGCUCCAGUCAUCCUGUAUCCAGUCAGCUCCAACGGUUCUGCUGAAGGUGUGGAGGAGAUUCCCCGCAAUGUGAACGCAGGGCACUUGGUGACUAAAGUCAGAGCCUAUGAUGCUGAUAUAGGAUAUAACGGCUGGUUGCUGUUCUCACUGCAGGAAGUUUCUGACCACAGUCUCUUUGGUUUGGACCGCUAUACAGGACAGAUCAGAACACUUCGCUCAUUCACAGAGACAGACGAGGCUGAGCAUAAACUGGUCAUACUGGUCAAAGACAAUGGGAAUGUCUCACUCUCAGCAACAGCUACUGUGAUUGUCAAACUUGUGGAGCCAAAAGAGGCUUUUGCAGCUUCUGAUGUGAAAAGUGCAGCAAGAGACGAUGAAGAUAAUAAUGUGACUCUUUACCUGAUGAUAACGUUGGGCUCAGUUUCAGUUCUUUUUGUUAUCAGCAUCAUUGUGCUGAUUGCAAUGCAGUGCUCAAAAUCCACAGACUAUACUUCAAAAUAUCUGCAAGAAACUAAUUAUGAUGGAACACUGUGUCACAGCAUCCAGUACAGAUCUGGAGAGAAACGGUACAUGUUAGUGGGACCCAGAAUGAGUAUAGGAUCUACUAUUGUUCCAGGAAGCCAUGCCAAUACAUUAGUGCUACCUGACAGGGGAGGAGCAUGUAUGGAGGUAAGGCUUUUGCAUAAACACUUGCUUGUUUUCAGUGCUCCGCGAGGUGGCUGUUAA